UCUCCCAAUCUCUCUCUCUCUCUCCGUCUCAGUACUGUCUUCUCCGAAUCUCUUUCUUUUCCGAUUUAGCAGAGGUUUAAGUAAUUGGAUCUGAGGGUGAGGAUGCAUCGGCUUUCUCGUCGGCCUUGGAGUUGGAAUCUACAUGGCUUCGAAUCUGAAGAGCUGACUUUGUUACAACAUGUUUUGUUUCAAAAGAAGAAUCAAGAACAGUCAGAUAUCUCUACCCAACCAGUAGACUCAUACUUUAAAUUUAGUAAUCUAACCUUCUCUGGACCACGGUACAAUGUUUCUGAUGCAAGGAUUAGUUCAAGUAAGCAUUUUGGGGAAGGUUUUGAUUCGAUUCUCAGGAAUAUUGAGGUCCCUAAUGACUGUGUUGAAACUAUUAGAGAUGUGCUUAUGAAACACAGUUGGAUACAGAAACAUGAGAGUGGGUUUAGUAGUGAACUUGAUCAGUACAGUGUCAUUAGGAUUUUGGAUGAUUUGUUUGAGGAGACUUUGGAUGCGUCUAUUGCUUUAUACUUCUUUAGGUGGUCGGAGUUGUGGAUUGGCGUUGAGCACUCGAGCAGGUCUAUCAGCCGAAUGAUUCAUAUUUUGGUUUCUGGAAAUAUGAAUUAUAGAGCUGUAGAUAUGCUUCUCUGUCUGGUGAAGAAAUGUAGUGGAGAAGAGAGCUCCUUGUGUUUGGUUAUGAAUGAUCUAUUUGAAACUCGUAUUGAUCGUCGGGUUUUAGAGACUGUGUUUUGCAUACUGAUUGAUUGUUGCGUUAAAGAGAGAAAAACUGAUAUGGCCCUGAAACUAACUUACAAAAUGGACCAGUUUGGCAUCUUUCCUUCACCAGGGGUUUGUGUUUCGUUGCUUGAGGAUAUUCUGCGAGUUCAUGGCUUGGAGUUAGCUCGGGAAUUUGUUGAGCUCAUGCUUAGUCGAGGGAGGCAUCUAAAUGCUUCUGUGCUUAGCCUAUUCGUAAGCAAAUACUGCUCUGAUGGCUAUUUUGAUAAAGGUUGGGAAUUACUCAUGGGGAUGAACUACUAUGGCAUCAGACCCGAUAUUGUGGCAUUUACAGUUUUAGCUAAUAAAUUAUGUAAGGCAGGGUUUCUAAAGGAAGCAACUGCAAUAUUGUUUAAACUCAAACACUUUGGUAUCUCUCUGGAUUCUGUAUCCGUCAGUUCUGUUAUCGAUGGGUUCUGUAAGGUAGGAAAACCAGAGGAAGCCAUUAAGGUCAUCCAUUAUUUUCAUCUUAGACCAAACAUUUAUGUGUACAGUAGCUUUCUGUCAAAUAUAUGUACCACAGGAGACAUGAUUAGAGCAUCUACCAUAUUUCAGGAGAUUUUCGAGUUGGGACUCCUUCCUGAUUGUGUUUGUUAUACAAAUAUGAUUGAUGGGUAUUGUAAUCUAGGUAGAACAGAUAAAGCUUUUCAGUAUUUCGGGGGGCUGUUGAAAAGUGGGAACCCGCCAUCCUUAAAAACAUAUACACUACUUAUUGGUGUUUGCAGCAAAUUUGGAAGCAUAGUUGAUGCAGAGUCUGUGUUUUGGAAUAUGAAAAUUGAGGGUUUAGGACCGGAUGUUGUAACGUAUAACAAUCUGAUGUAUGGGUAUGGGAAGACACAUCAGCUGAAUAAAGUUUUUGAGCUUAUUGAUGGAAUGAGAUCUGCUGGUAUUUCUCCAGAUGUUGCAACCUACAAUAUUUUGAUACAUAGCAUGGUAAUUAGAGGAUAUGUAGAUGAAGCAAAUGAAAUUAUCAAUGAGCUUAUCCGACGGGGCUUCGUUCCUAGUGCAUUUGCAUUCACUGAUGUGAUUGAUGGGUUCUCAAAGAGGAGGGAUUUUCAGGAAGCAUUUCUUUUGUGGUUCUACAUGGCUGAUCUUAGAGUGCAACCUGAUGUUGUAACAUGCAGUGCAUUACUUCAUAGCUAUUGCAGAGCGCAGAGAAUGGAGAAAGCUAUUGUUUUGUUUGAUAAGUUGCUUGAUGCCGGGCUAAAGCCAGAUGUGAUUUUGUAUAAUACGCUCAUCCAUGGAUAUUGCACUGUAGGAGAUAUUGAGAAAGCAUGUGAGUUAAUUGGUUUGAUGGUUCAAAGGGGAAUGCUUCCAAAUGAGAGUACCCAUCGUGCACUAGUUGUGGGGCUUGAAGGAAAGAGAUUUAUGAACUCUGAAAAGCAUGCAUCCAUGCUACUUGAAGAAAUUGUUUUUGCAAAGGGCGUCUGAUAUCGGGAGGAUAAUAACAUAUCACAUUCUGCAGCAUCUAACUCUCUGACUUCUACUUUCUCCUUUUAAUAUGCAAACACAAUCUGAAACCUUGGAAGCUCAACGACCAGUUUGAGAAAAUAGAAUCAGUGAGGUUCUUGGAGCAGAAAAAAGAGGAAGCUAGAGUUGAUGAUAGCGCUAUAGAUACAAAAAGGAAAGCAGCUUACUAGAAUGGAAUCGAACCCACAUUGUAAAUAACACGAGUUCACAGUUUCAAUUAUCAAAUUUGCUUCAGUUACAAAUUCAUUUCCUGGUUGUGUCUCAGUUCCAGAAAAUGACUGAAAUAAAUGAGAUUGGCGAGAUCCAUCGAGACAGAUCACAUUGCACAUAGCUCUGAUGCUGGGGAGUCUGAGACAGAUACAGACAGUAGCAGCAGCCCUUUCAGGCAGUGUAAGCAUUGUGAUAAGCCAGGAACUGUUAAAAAGAUGUCCAUUCUGUUUGAAACCAAGAUUUAAGAGGAGAAUUUCCCGGGAACUGAAAUGGAGAGUUACAGUACCAUUGUAAUAGGAAUCCAGAUAGGAAAAGAGUUUCAAGCAGAUGCUCCAGACUGGUCAGGUCCAACAAUGAGUGAUACUUUUUUUCUUGGUAAACCCUUGGAGAUUGAUGAGUCAGAAUACAUUCAUGAUCUCAAGAAGGCCAAGAAUAGUAAGAAACAAUGGUCUGCAGUCAAUUGGCUUCAGUGCAGGGAGGAAGAUACUAAUGGAGAUAUCUGCGGAAAAUGUCGUAGGAACUAGAGACAAGUGAGAUCCUUAAACAACUCAAGUACAUCAAGAUGGUUAAAACUUUUUAAGUUUUUAACUAAUCAUCAUCGCCAGUGAUCUCCACGACUCUGACGUUACGAUUCUCCUCAAUCUCCGGCAACUGUGGUG